AACGAUCGCCUACUACAACCAUUCGAGGUCAGUUUGAACAUUGAGAUCAAUACAAUCGAAGCUAUAGCUAUGGGUCGAAAAGGAAAAAAGAGGUCAGAAGCAUUGCGGUCUGAUCGAUCGCAAACACCGAAGAUCGUGGAGAAUAUCAAUGACUCUGAUGACGAAGAAAUUCCUGAAGACGAGGCCUUCAAUUCGGAAGAUGAGCGCCUAUAUGGCCAUUUCUUUGCUGACGAUGGUGAGGAAGACGACGGUGAAAAAAGCAUUUCGUCGACGUCGACGUCGUCUUCGGAGGCGGAGGUUACGAGUGAGGAAGAUGAUGACGACGACGACGAAGAUGGUGGCCAAUACAUGCUUGAUCUAUUGAACAAACUCGACGACUCUGGAACUGGCGACGACAAAAAUAAUGACAAAAUUUCUGUGGCACAAAUGGUCAAGAUUCCAGAAUCUGAUUAUUCCAAUUCAAUCUCCAAGAAAGGCCUAACGUUGGACAACCUGAUGGAGGGCAUUCAAGACACACAAGGCUUCCGAAACUUGCAAAAAUCUUUUUCCUCGAAGCCUUCCACCACACCAGCGCCUUUGGACAAGAAAACCUCGAGCCGUGCAGAGCGAAAGAUUGCAUACGAGGCUCGCUCGAGGGAUAUUUCUAGAUGGGUCGAUGUCAUACAGCAAAAUCGUCAGGCUGAAUCUUUAGAUUUCAAACCUAAGGAACGCACGGGAUUGACGCGAGACAUGUUAGUAGAUAAGUUUAAAGCAAAGACCGACUUUGAAAGGGAAAUUGAAGAAGCAUUAGAAGAAGCAGGACAACAGGAUGAAGAAGCUGUUCUAAAGAAGGAAGAAGAAGCGUUGCAAGAUGAUUUGGGUGCCAAUCGUUUGACUAUGGAGGAAUACAAAAAGAGGCGCGGUCAACUAGCCCAAAUUAGAGCGCUCAUGUUUUACCACGAACGAAAAAGACAUCAGAUGAAAAAAAUCAAGUCUAAAAAGUAUCGCAAGAUUAGAAAGAAACAACGUGACCGUUUGAAGGAGUCUGCCAUUGAAUCAGCUUUGGAGCAUGACCAAGAUCUCGCUCAAGAAUUAAAAGAGAAGGAAGAAGUUGCACGGAUUCAAGAACGGAUGACGCUUGCUCACAAGAAUACUAGUAAAUGGGCAAAGCGUAUCUUGAAGCGGGGUAAGAACGUUGAUAUUGAUACGCGUCGAGCACUUUCAGCACAGCUGAAAAGAGGAGACGAUCUGCGACGCAAGAUGAUGGGCAGUGAUGAAGAAGAUAAUCAUGAUGAUUCGGAAGACGAAAAUCUAAUAGAAUCGGCACGGAAAGUCUUGCAAGAAACGGAAGACGAUUUAGAUCCGACAAACGGAAAAACUGGUCUGUUCAAGUUAUCAUUCAUGCAAAAGGGAGUCCAAAGGCAAAGAGAUCAGGCUCGUGAAGAAGCGCGAAAACUUCUAGGGGAACUCGAAGGCAAUGAAACUGAUGAUUACGAUGAUAUCGUUGAAAACGAAGAAAAGGAAGAUGACCUUGAUGGAAAGGUAGAAAAGACGUUGUCAUCAAAAGAAAUGAGUUCUGUGCUAGAGAAAGGAGAGCUCGUGGCAACACCUUUAGAAUUCGGUAAUUCAAAUGCGAUUGCCACAAGUAAUGGUAUUGAAAUCGAUCUUGACAAAAUGAACAACAGUAGCGAUGCAGAAGUUAGUAAUCAUAAGAGGGUUCCUUCUGUAGCUGCCAACGACGGAAACAGUAAAUACGUUACUUUGAAAGAAUUCGAUAAAGUCUCACCAAAGGCUUUAGAUCACAGGAGCAGUUCGUCAAAGGAAGUGCUGCAGAAAAAAUCAAUGAGUAAGGAAAACAAGAAGGCGUCUAUUGCAGGAAUGAAACAGACUAUGGUUGAGAAUAGUGAUGAUAUCAAUCCAUGGAUGAAUUCGAAAUCGGAGACUAGAAGCAGCAACAAGUCGGCAAAGAAAACCAA